ACCUACAAUCUCUUUUGCUUAAACUUUUUUUCUUGGUAAAGUAAAUUUUCUUUCUCUCUCGAGAACAUUGUCUUCAUCGUCAUCUUGAUUUUGAAGAUGGAGCCACCGCAACAUCAUCAUCAAGCCGACCAAGAAAACGGCAACAACAACAAGUCCGGCUCUGGUGGGUACACGUGUCGUCAAACGAGCACAAGAUGGACACCAACAACUGAGCAAAUCAGAAUCCUCAAAGAUCUUUACUACAACAACGGAGUCCGAUCACCAACGGCCGACCAGAUCCAGAAGAUCUCUGCAAGGCUGAGACAGUAUGGAAAAAUCGAGGGUAAAAACGUCUUUUACUGGUUCCAGAACCAUAAGGCUCGUGAGCGACAGAAGAAGAGAUUCAACGGCACAGUAAUGACCACGCCUACGUCUUCAUCUCCCAACUCGGUUAUGAUGGCUAGUGAUCAUUAUUAUAACAAUCAUCAGAAUCAUCAUCCUCUUCUUCACCAUCCUCAUAAUGGUGUUACCAUGCAGAGACCUGCUUCAGUAAACGCUAAGCUUGACCAAGAAAAUCACUUGCUUCAUCAGAACAUAUCAUAUCCUAGCUUCAAUAACGGCACUGAAUGUGGCGCUCUUAACGCGUCAUCUUAUGGCUACAUGAAUAGCCAUCUCUAUGGAUCUAUGGAACAAGAUUUUUCAAUGAGCUACAACAACGUAGGUGGAGAGUGGACAAACAUGGAUCAUAAUCAUCACUACGCUGCUCCAGCAUACAACUUCUUCCAUAGACCAAAGCCUAUAUUUGAAGUAGAAGGUCAUCAAGAAGAAGGAGAAUAUGGUGGCGAUGCUUAUCUGGAACACAGACGUACACUUCCUCUCUUCCCUAUGCACGGCGAGGAUCACAUUAACGCUGUUGGUGGUGCCGUUUGGAAGCACGGACAAGCGGACGGUCGUGACCAUUAUGGUAGAGGACAUUGUGCUUCUCUUAAGCUAUGUCUGAACUCCUACACCAGCGUCACACAGGACUAAUGCUUUCUUGAGCUACGUCUCAACUCCUAAGCCGGCGUCGCACUGUAUUGAAGCUUUCUUUAGCUAUCUCUUAAUCGUAUGUUUGGAUCGUAUUAUGCAGUUAUAAUAGUAGUAUCUACCGUACGUACGUAGUUUAAACAAUUGUAGUUAUUACUAUCGUCUAGGUUGAACUUUAAUUGACCGUGGUUUUCUACUUUCUUUUAUAAUGUAUAACGUUGAAUUUAUAUCACUAUGAAAUUUGAGUCUAUUUC